AUGUUUGACUGGUGUGAGACGUCUCGGGCAGCUGCAGCCAUUCUGAAUUCUCUGAUGGCAGGUAUUUGCGUGAAUAUCCGUGGAAAUAGAAGGGUUGUUCGGAAUGGUGUCGAGGUAGAAACGAAGAGGCGAAUUAGGGACAUAGGCUGCCGAACUCCCACUCCCUUCUCUUUCGGCAAACUAUCGCUUUCGGGAGAUAUCGAGAAUAUGGCUGGGGAUGACGUCGUCUCCAAGGCGACCCGCCUCACCGAGAAGUACCCAAACGCCUAUAGCGAUUUCUAUGGUUCAGCUACUUGGGUUUCUAUCGGCACGCGCAUCUGUGACGAGCUUGAAUCCGUUGGCAUAAUGUGGACGUCCGUCAAUCCCCUCGCCUACGCCAAUACUGGGGAGCCCAAGCCGCAGGGCUGGGUCGUGUAUGAGCCCAAGCCGUUCUGCCCUCUUAUCACAUGCGUCGGUGUGAAUCCCGGUUCCCUCCUCUACGAGGCCACUGUUGCUGCUGCUGCCAUCGUCAAGAACAUCCUCACCGACGCCGGCUUCCCCGACAUCGAGGUGGCAUUUAUCGAGUCGGCAGUGACUCGUUUUACUGGCCCAAAGCUCCUCUCGUCUAACCCCCUCAUCGACAGCGUCCCCGACCUGCGCAAGCCGUUCAAUACCGCUCUCGGUCUCUCUACUGCGCCUCGCAAGUACCCGUACUACGAAGGGACCGCCGCCCUCUACUUCCGCCUUUCUAAAGACGACGACCGUGUCGUGACCCUCACCUGCGCUCACGUCUCUCGUCCUCCUCAUGUCUACCACAACACAGGCAUGACCCAUAAGGAGGGUAGUCAGCGUCGUGAGGAAAUUGUCGCGCUCGGCACCAUGGGCUACGACAACGGCGUCAAGGCCAUGAUGGCCACUAUCGGCGACUGCCUCCAUUCUAUCGACGCUUGGAACAAUGUCCUUCGCAGGCUUGGGGACCCCGUCGAGGGAGAAAGUGAGAACGUGACUGAGAGUCGCGAUGAGCACUUGGAUCUGGUGACGGAGGCGACGAGGGAGAUCCAGAGGGUGAAAGCGAUCUAUAGUGAGGCCAUCGAGAACUACACCACACUUGACCAGCGCACGAUUGGCUUCGUCAUUCACUCGGAGAAGAUCGAGGUCUCUGUCGAGCCCUACAAAUUCACCAAAGACUGGGCUCUUAUCGAACUUUAUAAUGAUAAGAUUGAUUGGACGACGUUCAAAGGCAAUAAGCUUUGGGUCGGUGGUAAACUCUCGAUCUCUGAGUAUAGAAACACGUUGUUCCCUCAGCCCCAGGAUCGAAAGAACUACAGUUACCUUGAGGAUGGUCUCCUCCAGGCCUACGACAUCGUCCGGGAAGCCAAGAUAUGCAGCCCUCAACAACCCGACGUCCACGGCAAGAAUUGCCUGUUUGUCGUGAAAAAUGGGUUGACCACGGGGACCACCGUCGGUCGCGUCAAUGGCCUCGAGUCCUUUAGGUGCAUUUACGAGGACUACGGUAUCAGUAACAAGUCCCUCGGAAUUGCUGUCUUACCCUACGACAAGAUGCACGGCAAGUUUUCCGAUGCUGGCGAUUCGGGACUCACUAACGAAACCGACAUCACAUAUCUCACCCUUUACUGGUGGGUCGAGGAGCAGGUCAAGGCCAAGUUCCCCGGCUGCUCUCUCUACGAAGUUGUCCAGUAG